GGCCCGCUCGGCCUUUCUUUGUCCCUGUAGCGGUGAAGGUGCAACAGUAAUCGGUCGUCCCGAAGCCGGGUUCAUCCGACACCCUCACCAACCAAGCUGAACUGAGCUCAACCUCCACCACAGCAACAUGCCGCCCAAAUUCGACCCCAACGAGAUAAAAAUCGUGUUCAUGAGAUGCACGGGAGGAGAGGUCGGCGCCACCUCGGCCCUGGCCCCCAAGAUCGGACCUCUGGGUCUGUCUCCAAAGAAAGUUGGUGACGACAUCGCCAAGGCCACCGGAGACUGGAAGGGCCUGAGGAUCACGGUGAAGCUGACCAUCCAGAACCGGCAGGCUGCGAUCGAGGUGGUUCCGUCUGCGUCGGCCCUGAUCAUCAAGGCUCUGAAGGAGCCUCCUCGGGACCGGAAGAAGGUCAAGAACAUCAAACACAGCGGCAGCGUCACCUUCGACGAGAUCGUCGGCAUCGCCCGCGCCAUGCGGCCCCGCUCCAUCGCCAGGGAGCUCUCAGGAACCAUCAAGGAGAUUCUGGGGACGGCCCAGUCCGUGGGCUGCACCAUCGAUGGCCGCGCCCCUCAUGAUGUCAUCGAUGACAUCAACAGCGGGAAGGUGGAGUGUCCGUCAGAGUGAAGCAGAAUAAAGUUUGUGAACUGA